GGGGUCCUCUCGUACGCAUGCGCGCGAGAGGCAUGGCCAUUGGCUGGUCUGUCCCAGGGAGACGAGGAAGCGGCUGCUCGAGGCUGGGAAAGGAGCGAGGGCAGAAGCGGAUAGCGGGAGUUUGUGCCUCGGCUGGGCGGCAUGGAGGAGCUGGACGUGGAGCCUGCGGUCACUGUGCGUCGCUUAAGCGGGUCCCUCCCUCCCUCGCUCGGGGUGUUUGUGGGUCCCGUGGAGGGAAAUGGGAUCCGGGGAAGGAGGUGGGGCUGCAGGUGUAGGAACGCAAGGCUCUGAUUUGGGUCCCCCCCCCCUCGAUCAUGGGCAAGGAACUUGAGAAUUGUAGAUUUGGAAGGGAACCCCGAGGGUCAUCUAGACCGACCCCCUGCAAUGCCGGAGUCUUUUGCCCAGCGUGGGGCUCGAACCCGUGACCCUGAGAUUGCUCUACCGACUGAGCUGUCUCCAUUCGCCUUUGUGUCGGAAUAGGCAGGUUUAAUAAGUUUCCUCCUCCUCCUCCUUCACCACCACCAGCAACCUCCUCUGCAAAGUGAGCAGAGGCAGUAACGUCGUGACAGGGCCAGUUUUAUCUUGUCUCUGGCCUUUCUUGCAAGGAGCUCAAGGCAGCAUGCUGUGGCUCUCUUCCCCCAGCCCCAUUUUAAUUUUACAGUUAUAACAGCGCUGUGAGGUAGGCCUGGCUGAGGAAUAAGGGCGUUGCUCAGUGAGCUUCAUGGAGUGUGUGUGGAGAAUGUCAUUCACGUGCUUAGCCUGACCCCAACCACUCCACUUCAGAGGCUUGCUACAGUGGUACCUCGGGUUACAUACGCUUCAGAUUACAUACACUUCAGGUUACAGACUCCGCUAACCCAGAAAUAGUACCUUGGGUUAAGAACUUUGCUUCAGGAUGAGAACAGAAAUCUUGCUCUGGCAGCAGCAGGAGGCCCCAUUAGCUAAAGUGGUGCUUCAGGUUAAGAACAGUUUCAGGUUAAGAACGGACCUCCAGAACGAAUUAAGUACUUAACCCGAGGUACCACUGUAUUUACCUUACACCCCACAUCUCCAUCCACUUGUUGGCAAAGAAGCAUAUAACAGAACAAAAGCACGAACAAACAAAAUCCUAACCAGCAGCCCUGUUCCUCAAGGCUUGGCCACUGACCAAACUGUGCCUCCUUAAGCUGUGCAGUCUUAAGGGCAGCUGGCAGCUGGAGCCAGUUUGCUUUUUCUGGCAGGGUGCUGAGAAGCCAACUCCCCACCUGCACUCCUUUGGCCCGUGGAUAGGAUCAGGCCGGUGUACCUGGGAGGCAGGGAGUGCCAGUGGCAGAGUAGUUAGAGCAGUGGUUCUCUUAAGUUUUUUCUCUGAGCCAUGCUUUCGAAAUAAAAAUUUGCUCACACCACACCAAAUUUUUUAUUGGUGGUACAAUGGGUUCUCUUGUUCCAAAAACUCCCUUUAUUCAUUCUUCAGCUCCAACACCCAAUUAAAAACAAUUCUGCGGGACAGCCAGCAAAUCUCUGAGUGCAGGAAAUGUUUUGAUUCCAUGUCUUUGCAGAGUCAAGCAAAUAACUGUGUAUUUAGUGGUUCUGCUUUGAUGAAAUUCACAAUGUGCACAGCCUGAUCUAGAACCAAAUCAGCUACAAGGGUCUUGGUGAUUAAUGCCUCUGUGUAAAAAAAACCUCAGUGAUUUGAUACUGCAUCUGGAUUUUUCUGUUUGAUGAGUGCCACUGUCCUGAUACCCCAGUCGAAAGAUGGGCUCGUGGGAGUGGUUUGGUGCAGGCAUUAUUAUAAGAAAGAGUUAAGUUUACAGUAAGUCACCCAGCCAGGCCUCACUGCCAUUACAGAUGCAGGAUGGACACUGCAGCAGUGAGAGCUUGCCGUGACUUGUCUGCACUCAGGCAGAUGUUUAUACAACCCUUAUUCCCAAAGCAGCACACUCCGUUUGCCCCAAACCUCCCAUCAAAGCUGGCUAGUGAGGCCAUACGUGGCAGCUAUCCAAGGCUUCUCCCCUCUCUGGGCCUAAAGCCCAGCAUCUCAAGGACUACAGAUAAGCACAGCAUCAAAGCAAGUCAAUUAACAUAUAUCAAAGCAAGGAAACAUAAACAUAUAUGAGCUCAUUCUUGCAGCAGCUGCUCAUUAUUUCGGCUGGUUAUCUUGACUAUCAAGAUGGCAUUUGCAGGCUUUCCAGAACAUUUCACUUUGGUUCAACACAGCUACCAAGCCUCUCAUAUUCCCUGUCAUACAUGGUGCUCCAUCUGAAAAAAUUCCAAUACAAGAAUCCCAUGAAAUCUCAUUUUCUCCUGCCAUGCUAGUGUGGCGCACCACACCCUUUGAGAACCACUGGGUUCCUCAAGCUCAGGGGUCGGAGCCCAGAGCCCAGCAGGAGCGACAGCUCCCAUCAUCCCUGACCGUUGGCCAUGUUAGCUGGGACUGAUAUCACGUGGCAAGGCAAGGCAAGCAUGUCCAAGAUCGUAGUAGGCAGUUGGGUUUGGUGUUGAUUGAAGAUGUAAGGGUGUGUGUGUUUUUUAAUGGAUAGAACUUGUGAGGUGUUCUUCAGAAGAGGGUCACUCUCUUCAUUCCAGCUUUUGCUGCUGUCAGUGUAUGUACAGUGGUACCUCAGGUUAAGAACUUAAUUCGUUCCAGAGGUCCGUUCUUGACCUGAAACUGUUCUUAACCUGAGGUACCACUUUAGCUAAUAGGGCCUCCUGCUGCCACUGCGCAAUUUCUGUUCUCAUCUGAGGUAAAGUUCUUAACCUGAGGUACUAUUUCUGGGUUAGCGGAGUCUGUAACCUGAAGCGUAUGUAACCCGAGGUACCACUGUAAUUUAAGUUGCAGGUUUUUUAAAAAAAGUGUACUUCGUAACAGAUGUGUUUUGAUUUCAGCAUUGUUACCCUAUUUGCCUGUCUAAUUCCCUUCCUUCCUUCUGUUUCAAACAGCUGAUUCCAGAAAUAAAUUCUGACAAGAAACAGUUAUGUUUCGAGUGGGGACCUGGGGAGAUGCUGGUGUGUGAAACAUUGUUUGGAUCAACAGGUUGGUAACCUCUGUUACUAAUGUGUAUGUUUUUGAUGAAUUAAUAAUAGUGAAUAGGCCCACACAAGUCCAGGGAUGGAAAACCUCGGGCUUAGGGAUUGCAUGUGGCCCUCUGGGCCUAUCUAUCUGGCCCUUGGAACCAUCCCCAAGCAUUUCUGCGUGGCAGGAAUGCAUCCCUGAACUCAGUUAAUGAUUUCUCUUGCUUGCCUGGGUGGAGACUAGAGAGGGAUGUCUGAGUGUUGUAGACACUAGCAGACAGUACAAAGGUGAGGUUGUCAUUUGUAGCUGCAGCUGCUUUUAGUUUUAGCCCCGCACAUCACUGGUAUGUGGCCCUUGGAAGAUCACCCAGAAGGAAAUGUGGCCCUCUGACUGAAAAUGGUUCCUUCCCCACCCCUGCCUUAAUUCUAGCAGAGUGUUGAUGUGGAAUUGCAUGUGGUGGGCAGGAGCAUCCCAAGACAGAAAAAGUUGGUUAGAAUUAGCGAGGGAAGAGAGAUUAAUUCGAAUAAAGGUGAAAGAGAGAACAGGAGGACACAGAAAUAGAGAUUUAUAGUUUUAGACAUUGCUGCUAUUAAUCUUACUGGGAAUACUGGUUAAAAAUCAUUGUCUGAUUAUUGUUUAAUUUUUCAAUAAUUAUUUAUAACUACUUUGGCAUUCAAAUACAAUCGCCCCUUCUUUGUCCCUCAAAGUAGACUUGCUAAGUGGUCCUCCUGAUGCCCACUGAACUUUCAGCACAGGCUGUGUUAAUGAAUUUUAGACUCAAAAUGCCUGGGUACAUGUACGCAACACUUAACAUGGCUUAAUUUAGUUCAAGCGCUAGGGAACCUUUUUCAGUCCAUGGACCACAUUCUCCAUGGGCAAGUUGCCAAGGAUGGCAUCCUUGUGGCAGACAGAGCCCAAGACACAGGUGUCUUGUGGUUAGAGGCAAAAUUGGGCAGAGGAUGUGUCACCUGAACUGAGAGAGGUGGCCUGGGGAAGGUCCACAGGGCUAGAUAGAAAAGUCUGGAGAUCCACAUUUGGCCCCUGGGCCUGAGAUUCCCCUCCCUGGUCUAUAUGCUUUAAGAUAGGAAUGGCAAACCUAUCAGCACCUAGGUGGUAGCCCAUGUUGGAAUCCCAUGAACAUUGUUCUGAACUCUUUGUUAGAUCACUGGGACAAAGUGUAAUGAAUUAAACAGCAGCCUUGUUCAGAUAUUUGCAACAGUAGUUUUCAGACUGUGCUUCUAGGAAACCUGCGAGAUUAUCAGAAAUGGCACACAAACUUCACCAAAUGACAUUUUUUCUGAGGCAGUGGCGUGGCCCAAUAAUCCUGGCUUAACACCCCACAUGAAAUAUGAGUUCACCCUCAAGAACAUCCUACACAAAGCUUCAAGGGUGUAAGAUUCCCCCCCCCCAAGCAUAUAAAUAAUGGCGAGAAAGAUCCCAAGAAUGAGGUCAGUUUAUAAACGAAACGAAACACUAGUACAUGAGUAUGUGUUAAAAGCAUCCACGCCCUUACCUUUACAGAGCUUGCAUGGAACAGAGGGAAUGUAGAACUACUUUGGAAUACAUAUGCACCCAGAUAACCUCAGCGUUUUUUGUCGUGUCCCACUGUGUUGUGGGGCUGAUACGCACAUUAUUCCCAUGGUGAACUAACGGUGUUUGGCUGUAUUAAAACUUGUAUGUGAUUUGUUUCAGAGGGUAAAGAGAAAAGGCCUGACUGCCCCUAUGUCUACGUUGUUCGCAAAGAUCUAGAUAUAUACUCUCAGACUUUGAGGAAGCUUUUCAAUGAAUCACAUGGGAUCUUUGUCGGCCUUCAGAAGGACGAGAAGGAAAAGCUUGGGAAGUCAAGGACUGCCCAGUAAGUGAUCUAAAAAUCUUCAUGUUCUGAGAUCAUCCAGGUAGGGGCAGUGUGCUAUAGUGAUUCAUUCGUUGAUUUGCAACAAAACCUUAUGAGUGUGAGUGUGCAUAGCAUUGCAGCCUCAGUAUAUUGACCUUAUUUAAUCUGAAUGUUUCUUCUGUAGCCACUGCUAUUUUCAUGAAUUCACUUGCUGUCUACCAGAGGGAUGUAACACCCUAAAUAAUGUUGAGGGAUACCAGUGUGGCAACGGAGAGUACAUUUAGUUCAUACUGCUUUCCAAGCUCAUGUAUGGUGCUUGGAAAGGGUCUGUCCAUAAUUUUUUUCUUUUUAACUCAUUCUAAUUAGACUCUUCUACUUUUGUCAGGUUGGUUCGAGUGAGCAAAAACUACCGCUCAGUCAUAAGAGCCAGCAUGGAAGAUUCUCAUCAGUUAGCUAGUAAGUUGUCCUACAGUGUUAAUGUGAAAUGCGGUGGACUUGAGUCCACAAUAUAUGUAUUUUUUUGUUUUGGCAAGCUGAUCCAAAUGUAUGAAUUUAUUGUGUAUACUUGUUUAUAAAUUCUGUUGAUUUUAAACAGUUUUAUUAUGUCUUACUUGUUUUUGAGAUUUGUUGAUUAUAUUUUGAGAAACGCUAUUUUACACUUUUGUGUAAACUGCUUAGAGAUAUUUAUUGUGGUCUAUAUGUAGAUUUUGUAAUCUAUGCUCUUCAUUCAGUGAGCUACACUACUAAGUGGUCUGUACGAUAUAAUUUGUGAGAUGAUAACAAUAAGAAAGUAGUCUGAAUGGCUCAUGAAAUUGAGCUGGUCUUACAAGAAGUCAGUUUGGAAAUCUUUUGAAUCCCAGGCUCCACUGGGACCCAGAAGGUUCAGGUGAUGGGGCCUUGGCACAGGAAUAAGAACUACAGCCUUUUGAAUGUAGCUGAUAAAAGUGCUAAUUAACUAAGUACACUGAAGAAUGUACAGUGGUACCUCUGUUUAAGAACAGUCCGGUUUAAGAACGAUUCGGUUUGCAAACUCUGCAAAACCAGAAAUAGUGUCCCGGUUUGAGAACUUUACCUUGGUCUAAGAAUGGAAUCCGAACGGUAGAAGGGCAACGGCAGCGGGAGGCCUCAUUAGGGAAAGCACGCCUUGGUUUAAGAAGGGCCUUCCAGAACGGAUUAAGUUUGUAAACUGAGGUACGACUGUACUGGUUUCUCCAUACAGAAUGGUAGAUCUGGAGUGUAAAUGUUUCUUUGGCUCAGAGAGCUAAGAAAAAGGAGAAAACCCUGACUUGUAUAUUUUUCUUUUGUUAGUUUCAACACAGGACCCAGCAAUCCACAUGCAACACAGCACUGAGGUAACCUAAAUAUUUUUUUUUUGUGACAUUUGAGAAUAACUUUUUUGCUAGCAUCUGCCACAGAGCUUUGCAGCAGUGCUAAUUUCUAUUCAAUUAGUUUUUUGGAUUCUGUCAGAAUCCCAACUUCUCUUGUUGCUUAAUUGUCUUGGAAAUACAGGCCUACCUUGGAGGUGUUGCGGGUUCGGUUGCAGACCACCGCAAUAAAGCACUGACAGAAUUUUUCCAGAAAAAAACAAGUGCUGUGAUAACUUAUUGUUAUCACUAGCAUUGUCAGCAACUGCAACCUGUCAUAAACUCAGUUCUAAGAUGUAUUCUUAUUUAUUAAAUUUCUGUGCCUCCUUUCAUCUGAAGGUCACAGAGCGGUUAGCAAUAUAUUUAAAGUAUUGCAAUAUAUUCUGUAAAGUGGAGUUCAUCUAGUUGUGCACAGGAUAUUACUCACUGUAGUUUGAUCUUUGUAUUUAAAAAAAUAAAAUAAAAAGGAGAUAUUUAGUGCCUGUGGAAGCAGCCAGAUACUAAUAAACCAUGGCAAAAUCUUCUGAAGUGAUAUCCUAUGCUACCACUUGCUGUUCUUGGUGGCCAGCCAUGCAAACUUGUUCUCACCACUGAGACUGCCUCUUAAGAGGCGUAGGGUCUUGUGUAACACAAUGCUGAGUUUCAGAGGUACUCAAGACAGCAGAGGAGCAAGCACAAACCUCUGGAUGAACCACUUCCCCACCUCCAGGAAAAAGAGGGAGGAAGGGAUGCUUCAGAUUCAUGCCUACAAGGUGAACUUUAAGAACUGGUGUAGUAUGUGCUCUGGCUGCUGCAUUCAGCACUGGUUGCAGCGUCCAAACUCUCUCCAAGGGCAGCCCCACGUAGAGUGCAUUGUAGCAGCCUAGCCCUGAGGUUACCAGAACGUGGAUCCCUGAAGCCAAGCUGCCUCUGCUCAAGAAAAGCUGUAGCUAACCUAUUCAUGUGAAGUUGACUCCAAGCUCAACACGUGUCAUUUUUAAAUAAGCGUCUGUUUUCCUCAGGUGUCCACUUUGUCUGCGAUGGAGUUGAUCUGGAAUCUUUGUGAAAUCAUGUUCAUCGAAGCAGCACCAGGUGAAAAUUGGACUAAAAUGAAGUCAAAAUGGCGUGCUUUUUGUGUUGGAAGUAUCUGCAGGUCGCUUUUUUAAAAAAACAAGAGAUACAGUGGUACCUCGGUUUUCGAACGUAAUCCGUUCCGGAAGACCGUUUGAGUUCCGAAACGUUCAAAAGUUCAGGGAAGUGUGACUGGCCCAAGGUCACCCAGCAACUGCAUGUGGAGGAGCGGGGAAGCGAACCUGGUUCGCCAGAUUACGAGUCCACUGCUCUUAAUCACUACACCAUGCAGAAACAAAUAUCUUUUUUGCAGCUGGUUCUCUCCUGCGUCACCUCCUUGACUGGGUUCGUCUUCAUGUGUGUGAUGUGGACAACAUGCUUUGCGAUGUUCUGAGGAGCGAAAGCCCCGCAAAACACAAAAACUUCUGGGAUGCGGUGAGUGAGGAAUUUUCUUAGCCAGAAAGCAUUUGCUUCACUCCCCCCCCCCCCAGAAAGAAACCUAGUUUGAACCAAAAAUAAAGGGCUACUAGGAACGAUUUCUAUGAAAUGUGCGAGAUCUUUUUAGUUUAAAUCAAACAGAAUCAUUAUGAGGAAGGAAGACCGUUACAUGUUAAGCAUCUGUCAAUGUAAGUUGGAAGUGCUAUGUACCAAUAAUAUUUUUUUGAGCUGAUGUUUCAAGACCUUUCCCCAGCAAGAUACGCACAAGGGAUUUGUGUGCAAGGCAGUAGUUUGUAGCUCUGUGAUUGCGAUAGAUCACUGGGUGCAGAGUCAAGCUGGAGGUAUUGAUGCCGAUGUUCUAUCUAACAACAGACGCAUGGUCAGCUCUGCAUAAUGGCAGCAUGUUUUUUUGUGGUAGGAAGAGGAAUAGUCCUUUACAUUCGUGCUACUUCAUGGCUUGGUCGAUUGGGCUAGUCCCUUCUUUAGGAUGCUUACUUUUCAUAAGCUGCUGUAUGUGCCACUGCAGCUGCAUGCAUAUCGAUUUAGUAUGUUAGUAUUAACAUGUUGGUGCUUUCUUGGGUUCAACUCAGUUGCAAAAACCUUGCCUUUUGUUUUUGCAGUUAACUAUCUUGGUGCUGCAAGGUCGGAUGGACGAAGCUCGGCAACUGCUUUCUAAGGAAGCAAACACCAAUCCCACUUCAGUGAGCAUGUGCAAAAUUUUGGACGAGUUGAUGAAGAAGAUGCCUGUUCUCUGUGUAUGUAAGAUGUUCUUCUCAUGCGCAGUGCGGUUUGUUUAUCCCGUCACUUGGUGGAUUGUCCGAAACCGGUUUGUCGUUCUGAUCGCGAUACCGGUUUCAGACAUUUUGUGUUGGCAAUACAUUGCAGUGGUCAGGGAGCCACGAUGUCUUCCCAGCUCAGAUUGCAUGCAGAUGGCAAAGGCGCAGGCAGGCAGAAGGAGCAUGAGAAGGUUCUUGGGCUCCAUCUUCCUGUGCCUUUGAGGAAGCCAACCCCCCCAAGGUGGGGAGGAAGAAGCAGCCGAGAUACAUUCCAGACAUCGUAGUAUAUCAGCAUAUUGCACUAUUUAGCUGCUGAUAUAUCACAAUGUUGAAAACCAGAUAUUGUCCAGCCCUACCUGCCACUCUUCCUCAGAAGAGCCCGGGGUGAUGUGUGCGAAAGAUGCAAACAAAAUACAGUGGUACCUCUGGAUGUGAAUGGGAUCCGUUUCGGAGUCCCGUUCACAUCCUGAAGAGAACGCAACCCACGCAUGCGCGGGCCGCGAUUUGCCGCUUCUGUGCAUGCGCAUGACGUCUUUUUGAGCGUCUGCGCAUGCGUGAACGACGAAACCCGGAAGUAACUCGUUCUGUUACUUCCGGGUCACAGUAGAGCACAACCCAAAAAGACUCUACCUGAAGCAACUUUAACCCGUGGUAUGACUCUACAACGCAACAGCUGUAUGCUGAAAAAAUAAUUGUAACAGAUUAAUUAAAACAAAUACGUGCACUGCUUAUUAGGAGCACACCUCUUGCUUACGGAAUUGAGAAGGCCUGGCAACGUUCUGCUUGGCCGGUGUUAGCAGUUCAUGCAUGUGCCUGUUUUUUGAUUAUUUGAAGCUGCUUUCUUCUGAGUCAGACCAUUGGUUCAUACAGCUCAGCACUGUGAGGGAGCUCUGGCAGGAAAUCUCCAAGGUCUCCGAACGGGUUUUUUUCCAGCCACGUUACCUGAGAUCCUUGGCAAUGCUCAAGGUUGAAACGGGGACUUUAUGAAGCGUGUUUUUUCUGCCACUGAUAAGGAUUAGGUCAUUCUUCUUCAUACUGCUUUCAUUGUUGUAGGAAAUAGGUUUAUUUUGUCUCUGUGAAAUAGUCCUGUAAUCUUUGGUGCACCUUCAAGAAGAGAGUUGCUUCUGGGUUUCAGAUAUGGGCUUACGUAUUUCCAGACAUUGGAUGCAGAAGGGGAGAGGGGAGUGCAGUACAUAUUCGAAAGGAAGUUCUAUUAACAUGAAUGAAAUUGAUUAUGUAAAUGUGGACAGAGGUGCUUGUCAGCGGAGCGUUAUCCUGUUGUUGUUCUCCAUCCCAAGAAAGAAGGUUAAUGAUACAGUGCCUGUUUUGGCAUUCCAACAUGUGUGCCCCUUUUCAUUGGAUAAAACAAAAUUUCAAAAAGCUUUCUGUUCGUGCAGAGUUGUUUGAAAGCACUGUAAAUUAUAGUGUAAGAUAGAUCUAAAACUAGGAAAAUAGGAAACCAAAUUGCAUGUUUGUUUGUUUCUUCCUUACCAGCCUAGCAACACCCAGACUUUGACGGAGAUGGAGCUGAAAUGGCAGCAUUGGCAUGAGGCAUGCGAACGGUUCCUAAAGGAUGGGACAUUUGCUUCUAAUCCGCACAUGGAAACCCUCUGCAAGGUGGGUAAGAUUGAAGAAUGAAAUAUUAUGGUUGACUCCAUUACUGAGUUUAAAGCAGUUUGGGGUAUAGGUUCUGCAAUUGCAUUGAAGACAUUUGGAGCUUGAAUCGUUUGGCUGUAUUCUUUUCUGUCAUACGGUGAUCUUGGGCGAGUCACCAAUACGUCAAUAUCUUGAUUUCAUUUGUUUUUAUGAGUCAUAAACCCAACAAAUGGGCUAGGACAAAGUGUUUGUGCGUGGAAGGUAUAUUUCAUUGACUGGGUUCCUGCUCUGGAGCCAGGAGGAAUGACAGACUCUCAGAAGUGGUCUAUAAAACCAUAACUGUUCUUACUAAGGCUGAACAUCCUUACUGAGGAUGAUUCAACAUCAUGUAUGUUCUCGGGUGUAACGAUUUGGGGCUGCUUAUUAAGCGACGCUCUCUGCUGAAAGGUUGCAUUGCUAGUACAGCUAACACUCUGCUGCUGCACCCAGAACAGGCUACCUACCUACUUUCGGAACAUCAGAAACACCUGUGACUGAAGGGGGAAAAGCUAGGAGAGCUUGCUCAUGCCCUUUCUGGCACAACUGCCUUAUAGAGUUAGCUCAGUUGCAUCUUUUAACAGUCCCCCAGACUGGAAGGAAUACUAGGGUGCCCAAGGAAAUACUAGAUCCCAGGUUCUUGAGACAAGAUGACCUGUGUUUUCCAGCCAGAUACAUCACUUGCUCUUCCUUAACACACCCAGUCUUAUACUUCUGUAGCAUGCAUGAGCCCUAGCAGCCUAGGCUUUGUGGGCUAUUACCAGAAUCCCUAAGCUUGGCAAAUACGCAUUCCAGACCCCAACAGCCCAAUUAUAUGAAGCUUUAUUUAGAAGAGGAGGUGGAGGAGGUGGCAAAUGGACAAAGCAGGUUAAAAAUAAACAGGAGCUCUGUGGUUCAGAUCUACCCGUGCUGCGCGAAGAACUUAAAAACGGGUUUCUCAGUCUACUCACCUGUAACAGAACAUAGUUGGUCAAAUGCAUAGUUGGUGGAUGAUGGGAGGGAGCACUGAAGUGGUUUGUUUUUUCUUCGUCAAGAUCAUGGUGGGAGAUGAGAGCGCCAUUUUAGAGAAGAAAGACCUCAUGACUAAUUGGUACCAUUUUCUGGUAACCCGGCUGUUGUACUGCCACCCUACUGUGAAGCAUGUGGAACUCCAUCUCUACGCACAGGUAACUCGGGGGGGGGGGUGGAAUCACUUUUAGAGUAGAGCCGGCCACAACCUUUGGGCCACCCAAGUGGAAAAGUGGCUGGCAGGCCUGUCCUUAUGUUCCACCCACAGUUUGCCAUGCCUUCUAGCUCAUGACAGUGAGAGGAAGUGUUGGGACUGUAGGUGAGCGAUGCUCAAGUACACUGGGUAUAUCCCAGACAGAGCCAUCUGCCCUUCCUGCCACCGACACUCAUGAGAAGCUUAAGUAGCAAAUUUUUGAAAACCACCACACUUUGUACCAAAUCCUACCUGAUCAAAAGAGGGCCUUCAUUUCAUAAUUGUGCUUGCCUUGACCUGGGAAAGUGAGCAUCCUCGGUGUUGAGUAAACCCUACCCCUUUCUGUAUUCCGCAGUCAAGCAUGGACCUGUUCCUGGGAGCAGAAAGCAGCCCGGAGCCUUUAGACAUCAUCUUGCUGGCAGCCUUUGAAUUAGAUAUCCACCAAGUGAUUAAAGAAUGCAGGUGAAUAUUGCCAUUCUUGUCUGAGAGCAUUUGGCCAGAAUUCCAUCAGCUUCACAGUCCGGUAUCCCAAGUAUUGUAGGGCCCAAAUGAAUUCUUGCAGAGUAGGUUACAGCAUCCAGCCUGGAGCUUGAGGCUUCUUGUCGGGGGUUCAAAAUCUGCUGCUUGUGCUGCUGCUCGAUCCCGUCCUUCCCGCCCCUUGCCUUUCGCUGAGGCGGGGAGGACAGGAGAGCCUGCAAAUUUGCCUGCCGAAACUCUGUGCCCAGAAUUCCCUUUUGGGCUUCUUUUGGGGUGCACAGCACCCUUGUGCUCUCCCCAGGACCCUAUUGACUAUUGAGCCUUUCCCGGAGGUUAAGGCCCUUGCUCUGUUGCCAUUAGCGGCCUCCCCGGAAGUCCAUAUCCUAAGUAUUCUAAGGCCCAAAUAGAUUCUUGCAAACAUCAUGGUGGGUGCAUAAACGGGAAUAAAAACGAAGAGCUGGUGAAGCUAAGAGCUUCGUGGCAAAAGCAUGCACAGAGAAAAUGAGAUUCUCUUAGGUGCGAUAACGUUUGCUAAAUUGGGCUGGGGGAAACUUGUCAAUUUUCAGAGACCAAAGAAAUAGUUUUGUGUGUUAAAUUAUCAUUUUGCCUUCCCCCCCUUUUACUCCAUGUAUAUACAGCAUUGCCCUGAGCAACUGGUGGUUUGUAGCCCAUCUGACAGACCUGCUGGAUCACUGCAAUCUUCUCCAGUCACACAACCUUUAGUGAGUUACCCUUCUUUAGUGUUUUUGCGUUUUAUCUGUCAGUGGUCAGGCCAUCCCUGUGAGUGUGGUGUUUGAGAGGUCCCUUGGCGAUCCUGUGGCAACUGGCAGUUCAAAGGCAAACAUGUUUAUUAUCUGUCAGAUAAUAACUAAGAUGAUUCUUAAAUCUUUGCUUUACUUUUAAAAACUGCUUAGUUUUAAGUUUCCUUUUUUAUGGUAAUGCUUGGCAUUUAUUUAGCAUUUUAAAAGUCAUCUAAAUUACAAUUUUAUUAAUCGUUUUACGUAUCUGGGACUGAGACUGAGAGUACACAAGGUUGCCUAAGACAGUUUAAUGAACUGGAGACACUUCACUCUACUAGCUCUUACUGACAAAAUGAAUCUAAAGUGCUUAUUCUUUUGGAACCGUCAGCAGUGCUGUGACAUAUAUGACAGAAUAUCGCAGGGCAAAUCCAUCUGCCUUUGUUAUACUCCCUAAGGGAUGGUUAAGCUCUUAAACUCCCACUAGAAUCUUGUUCGAAUAAAAAUAUUUUUUGUGUGGGGUAGAGGUUGUUGUUACAUCCUGUCCAACAACUGCUGUGGUUUUUUCACAACCAAUUGCUUUGAUCAUAGUGCCUAGCAGUUCAUGUUGUUAGUCAAGAACGAAGGAUUUUGAAUGUGGACUAUACUUCUACAUACACAUUCAUCUUGGAAGGUUACAAAAGUCACAGAUGCAGACUUUUAAUUUGUUCGUUUUCCCUUCCUGAAAGCAGUGAUGGAGAGAAGUGUAACUUGGUCUUUAGACUGAAAUGUAGUCAACCUUCUGUUGCUCCCCUUCCCAAUGAUGACUGACUUACAUCACUUAGCUGAGGAAAGGGAAAAUGGCAGAAACCGUUAUGAUGAACCUUUUGUCACUUUAAUUCUGAGCAAUUUUGGUGUUCUCUAGGAGGGAGAAAAUCACUCAGAAUUAAAGUGACAAAGGGUCCAUCAUAACAGUUUCUGCCAUUUUCUCUUUCCUCAGCUAAGUGAUGUAAGUCAGUCAUCAUUGGGAAGGGGAGCAACAGAGGAGGGAGAAGGGGAUGUGGGUGGCGCUGUGGGUUAAACCACAGAGCCUAGGGCUUGCCAAUCAGAAGGUCGGCGGUUCGAAUCCCCACAAUGGGGUGAGCUCCUGUUGCUCGGUCUCUGCUCCUGCCAACCUAGCAGUUCAAAAGCACAUCAAAGUGCAAGUAGAUAAAUAGGGACCGCUCCGGAGGGAAGGUAAGCGGCGUUUCCAUGCACUGCUCUGGUUCGCCAGAAGCGGCUUAUUCAUGGUGGCCACAUGACCCGGAAGCUGCACGCCAGCUCCCUCGGCCAAUAAAGCGAGAUGAGCGCCGCAACCCCAGAGUUGGCCAUGACUGGACCUAAUGGUCAGGGGUCCCUUUACUCUUGAUAGUUUUAUUGCUUUAUUGCUCAGCGUAUAGCCACACUUCCCCCUGCGAGCCUCUGCAGGUCGUAAAGUAAUUAGCAGUUAGCAAAGUUGCACAGCGGUCGUGUGUCGAAAGAGCAGUGAAUGAGUCCCAAACGUUUCUUCUGUCCUAAUAUUUCUUUAUUGGCACAAAAAUAGCGUAUUUACAAACUCCAACUUCCAACUGAGUUAAGCUGCAUUUUCUCUCUCUGCUUGCAGCGACGCAACAGACUGCUUUCGCUUUCCACUCAGCUCACAGCAUUCCAAGCUGCUUUCGUCAAGUCCUGGCUUACUUCCCUUGUAAGCGCCUCCUCUCAGGCUCGAGGCACAGGUUAACCCUUCACUACACCCAACAUUUACCUUUUACCUUAGGAGGGAGAAAGUCACAACAGAAGCUGUUUCUUGAUUAGGGUUAGCUCAGUGCUUGCCACUAAUUAGUGAUUAUUCUGUCCGCCUUUUCAUUCUUGUUUCACUAUUUGUAGAAUAUGAAACAUAUGUGAACUACUCUUAACAGUGCAGAAGUGAUGUUGACACAGAAGGAGACUGGGGUUUUAAUAACUGACAACCGGAGCAGCCCUAAAUUCAGUGGAAGUGAUUACAUGGAAAUGGGAAUUUUUAAAUAAUGUGUUCUUCUUUUAGUUUUGGUUCCAAUAUGCGUGAAUACCUCCUGCUGGAAUAUGCUUCUGGACUCUUCUCUCAUCAUAGGUAGCAAUCUUGUUUAUUUUUUUUAAAAAAUACAUUAUAGUAUUGUGAAGCAGGAGGAGAGAUUCUGUUCUGAAGAAAAAGAAUAGUAAGACUCUGAAACAUGGAGAAGGGUUGGUUAUGCUGUAUUAAACUCAUGACAGUCGUUUAAGCCAUUUGAUGAUAAGUGCUACUCUAAACACUACCUCUCUUCUUACAAAUUUAAAAUACAGUACUGUAUGUUGUUACCAGUAUAUUAUUUUACAGAGACAGAAAAUGGCCCAUUAGAUCAUCACUCUCUUAAAGAACAGAGGCCAGGGUAGUAUUUAGAAUAGCAGUUACCAUCAAAUGGCUUCUAGAGAAGAGUAAAAGCCGAUUUAAACCCAAAGCUAACUUAACAUAAGGUUCCCCUGCUGCAUGAUCACCAAGUGGCCUGUAAUUUUUAAUAUAUAUGCAUUCAUGUUAGCUUGAGCACCAAAAUGUCUCACUUGCAAAUUUUUACUUUCCAGAAGCUUGCAGGGCAUGUGGCAUUUCAGACUGGUGAGAACUCUAGAUGUUCCUCGCAUAAGGGAUUCCAGUGUAGAGUAGAGGAGCAAUCCAGACAAAAAUCCAAAUUCUUUUUUUGUGUGCUAAGGCAUUUCUUAAUUUGCAUCUGUUGAAGCUGAGCAUAUGGGAGCCUGACCGCAGUUGCUCUUCAGCUUGAGUGAUUGAUUGAUAAGCCUAAUUGGUCAAAGACUUGGGAGUCAGGCUUCUAAACAUAAUAUAUCUGCUUCAGUUAAAGUUAAUUGUGGCUAACAGUGCAAUCUGAACCAUGUCUACUCAGAAGUGUCCUUAUCGAAUUCAGUGGUGCUUAUACCUAGCUAGGUAAAUAAGGUUAGGAUUGCAGCCUUAAGUCCCACUGAAAUAAACACUGCAAAGUAAUCUUGGCUAAUUUAAGUUCCAUACAUCAACUGUAAUUUGUUUUAACUGAUAUGAAAUGGUUACAAAUAUUUUUUUAAAAAUAUUUAUAAAUGGUUGUAACUGGUCCUUGCUCUUUGUGGUAAAGCCCGGGUAAGAUUUCUAAUACAUAAUAAAAUAGUAAUUUCUUUAGUGGGACAUGGUACAAGUAACUAUAUCUGGAUAUUAACUUUGUAUUUCAAGAUUUAAACAGUUUUCAUUGACUUCAGAUAUCACUGAGUAUUUUAAGGAAUGUGAGGCUUUCACGUUCACAACCCACAAAGGCCAGAAUUUUUAAAGUUCAAAUUCUCAUUCUUUUUAUCAGAAGUAUCACUGCAUGGACUAAGGACGAUGAUCUAGGGGAGGAAGCGCACAUGAAAAGUGUCGAGCGUACUUUUUUCUUUUCAGAGGCUGCUCCCACAGAAUUCCAUGCCGCCAUUUUAGCUUUUCGUUUUGAAAAGCUCCCACUUCAGUUUGCCCUGUGAGCUUGGUAGGGUCUAUGAGGGCAGCUUCUGCAAAAGGAAAAGCUGGAAAGAGUUUGUGCGCAGAAUGCGUGAAGACAAGCCUUUGGCUCGUGGUCUGUGUGUCGUGCUGUUGUUGUGAAAUGGCUUCUAGUAAGUUAUUUUGUGAGAACUGCCUUCUGAAAAGAACUAUUCAGUCACUCACAUUUCUUCUUUGUAGCUUGUGGCAGCUUGCAGUAGACUAUUUUGACCAUUGUCCAGAAUUUGGCAGGGCGUACUUGGAGCACCAUAUUGAACGGAUUCCUCUGGACACAGAGCAUAAGGCCCUCAAAAUACUGAGGAUCUGUGAGCAGAGAAUGAUGACCGAGCAAGGUACCUUUCUUCAUAUUUAUAUAUAUUUUAAUCCGUUCAUAUAAACACCAUUUACUGAGUGCAUCUCUCUCCCCUCCCAAGUCCGUAGCAUCUGUAAGAUCAUGGCUAUGAAAGCUGUCCGGAACAAUCGCCUCGGCUCUGCCCUGUCCUGGAGCAUCAGAGCAAAGGAUGCUGCCUUUGCUACCCUCAUAUCAGACAGGUAAGUCUUGCUUAAGGGGAGAGCCAUUUAGUCCAGCGGCAGUAACAGCAGAGAGAUCUAAAGGUGGUUCUUGGGAUAACCUGGCUAUUGGAAGACCAACGCUUUGGUUUUGAAUUGGCUUUUGCACCUGCAUGUUAGAGGUGGGUUGGGCUCCUUACACAAAAGAGGGCUAAGCUGCAGAGCGCAUAACAAAAGGUAUUGCAGCAUUAAUGUGCACAUAGCCCUUCAGCACCCAUUACACACAAGAGCAGAGUGGGACGGGGGUGGCACUAUGGUCUAAACCACUGAACCUUUUGGGCUCGCCGAUCAGAAGGUCGUCGGUUCAAACCCCUGUAACGGGGUGAGCUUCCGUCGCUCUGUCCCGGCUUCUGCCAACCUAGCAGUUCGAAAGCACCCCAGUGCAAGUAGAUAAAUAGGUACUGCUGUGACGGGAAGGUGAAUGGCAUUUCCAUGCGCUCUGGUUUCCGUCACGGUGUUCUGUUGCAUCAGAAGCAGUUUAGUCAGGCUGGCCACAUGACCCGGAAAGCAGUCUGUGGACCAAUGCUGACUCCCUCAGCCUGAAAGUGAGAUGAGCGCCGCAACCACAUAGUCACCUUUGACUGGACUUAACCGUCCAGAGGUCCUUUGCCUUUCUUCUUCUUCUUCUUCUUUUUUUUUUUACAAAAGAGCAACUGGGUGAGGAACUCUGAGCUGCAUUUCUGGAAUAUUGCUGUUAACCUGGAACAGGAUAUAUUGUCAAUUCUGUGUUGCUUCUCGUUCCAAUGGAAGUCAUAUGCUCCAGUGUGUAGCUUUAGAGAGAGUGACUGCGCACAGAAAGGGGUCCCAGCCUUCCUAGGCUGUGACAUACCUGCAAGGCAAGAAACCUCCACUUCCAAGCUGUGACCUGCAUAUGCUAAUGACCAAGCAGCAAUCAGCAUUCAAAUACUACACCCAGGGGGUUAAACUGGCUCUUAAAAAAAAAAAAAAAGGAAGGUAGUUUGAGGCUGGAAUGCCUCUGAAACUGAGAGACGCAAAGUACUGCACUCUCAGGGCAAAUCCAAGUUCCCAUUUGCAAGCCCUCACUUUGAGGGGAAAUGCUUAUGUUAAGCACAUGGGUAGGCAAACUAAGCCAUGGGGGCCAGAUCCGGCCCAAUCGCCUUCUCAAUCCGGCCCACAGACGGUCCGGGAAUCAGCGUGUUUUUACAUGAGUAGAAUGUGUCCUUUUAUUUAAAAUGCACCUCUGGGUUAUUUGUGGGGCCUGCCUGGUGUUUUUACAUGAAUUGAAUGUGUGCUUUUGUUUAAAAUGCAUCUCUGGGUUAUUUGUGGUGCAUAGGAAUUUGUUCAUUUCUGCCCCCACUUCAAAAUAUAGUCCGGCCCCCCACAAAGUCUGAGGGACAGUGGACCGGCCCCCUGCUGGAAAAGUUUGCUGCCCCUGGUUAAGCAAAUUGGAAAAGCUUUUAAAGAUCAUUUGCUGUUCCUGCCUGAGGGGGUUUGGUCAGGUAAAAAGACAAAACUAUAGUCAUCUCAUAGUUUAUACCAGGAGUAGGAAACCUAAAACCCAUGGGCCAUAAGCGGCCCACGGGGGUUGUUUAACUGGCACAUGAACUGCCUCCGAACCGAGCCGCCCACUCGGCGAGUCUCUGCGCACUGCGCUAAGCCAGCACUGCAUGGGGACUCACUUCCACGGCGCCAGAAAUCGCAUCUGCGCCAACGCCGGAAAUCACAGCAACCCGGCCCACGGAGGGAUCUCCACUGGAGUGAACCGGCCCAGGCAAGGUAAACCUUGCCGACCCCUGGUUUAUACCUUACCUGAGGGUUGCUUUCUGGAAUUUCGUUCCACUACUUCAUCUUUAAUAACAAAGAAGCUCUCAUAGGUCCAUUUUGGGAAGGGUGCUUUCUUGGUCAGUCAUUUCCAAAUUGCUACAACUGCUGGUAUGCCAAGAGAAAAAGGAAAAAGGAAGCAUCCAAGAGUUAAGAAUGAAGUGUGCCUCUCAGUUCAAUUCAGGGGAAUACAUGUGACUUGAUUAUUAGAAGUUUAGGAAGCACUGUUCUCAAUUCCAGGAGGCAAUUCCAUUCACAACAGCAGGUUUUGAGUCUAUAGAAUACUUGUUUGUAAGAGGAUGGCAUGUUGAAAUGAAGUAACAAUAUGUACACGUUGAUGGUUCGGAGUGGUAAUAAUCUUCACACCUAUUCCGCCCUCUGUAGAUUUCUGAAGGAGUACUGUGAAAGAGGCUCUUUUUCAGACUUGGAUCUUAUUGACAACUUGGGACCAUCCAUGCUGCUUAGUGAUCGGCUGACAUUUCUUGGUGAGAGCUAUUUCUUACAGCCUCUUUUGAAAAGGAACGACAUGGUGCGCUGGGCGAUGACACCACCACUUGAGGAAAGGGGACUGAAAUUCAUUUUGCAGUGCAUGCGUGAAGCAGUGCAAAUUCCACAUCUCGGAACAACCAACCAUGAAACCAGUUGUUACAGCCUUGCUUAGCUGGAGGACAUAACAGUAGUCUUAUCAUGAGUAACUAGACAGACUUUCUAAGACGUUUCCUCUUUACGUCACAAAGGGCAUAUUUGUUUUUUUAAAAACCACAGGAAACAAAUGCUUCCAGGUGUGGUAACACUAAUGUUGCUGGCUUGUAGCUCAGACAACCACAGGAACGGAUCCUUCCUCUGUGGGCCUUGCAUCAGUGUGAUGGCAAAUUGAAUUGAGGUUUUCUUAUUGAUAAUCCAGUGGAGGUUUCAAGGAUUCCAGGGAACUAAUAAUAAAAUAGGAUAACGUGGCUGGAUCUGGCAAUAUGUAACUACUGAUUUCUUUUUCUUAACAGAAAUAGUUAGAGGGAAUGUGACACAGCCUAAUCAUUUUCCCAGCCUGAAGGCACUUUGAAACUAGAUAAAUUAAUCUUUCAAAUGCCCUGGGUACAGAAGUGCAGCCAUAUAAUGCUGAAGUUGGCAUCAGGGUGAAAUUGAAAACAGAAACCGUCUUUAGCUUCUGAGUUUCUGCCUGUGUUUUCAUGUUCUUAUUUAGCUUCUCUAAAACUUUAAGGUCUUAAUAAGAUUUUUUUGCUUACUAAAUGAAAGGGGAGAUUUUCAGGGCUUUGAAAGCUGGUCCAGUUUGCAUCAAUAGCUGCAAAUACUUUUUUAAGACUCCCUGAGAAGUAGUGGUUGUUUUCGCUCUUUCUCAGCCUUUGCCAUCCUGGUGACUUCCAGAUGUUUUGACUGGCAGGGUUGAUGGGAGUUGUAGCUCAAAAUAUCUGGAGGGCACCAGAUGUUGGCAAAGCCUGCUGUGCAUUAUGGAAACAGUCUGGUAGCAAUUGAUCAUGAGUUGUUCCAUUGACAUGAAUGGGGCUUAAUUAAUGUUAGUAGUUGUUGGUUGCAACUGCCUCCUUUACUGGAUUGCCACCAGAAAUUUCAGCUUCCCUUAACGACCAAGAUGCUAGGUGGCCAUAAUGCAAUUUUAAUGGCUCAGUCUUAAGAAAUGGCUUUGCAAGCUGACGGUGUGGUACCCUGAAAAUGUGACAGGGCUGAAUUAAUGUUUGGAUACAGGGAAGUACCGGGAAUUUCAUCGGAUGUAUGGCGAGAAGCGGUUCUGUGCAGCGGCUAAGCUGCUGUUGACAUUGAUGACAGCUCGUAUUGCUCCUUGCUCCUUCUGGAUGACCUUACUGACUGAUGCACUUCCGCUCCUGGAGCAGAAAGAGGCAAGUAUGAUAUUUCCGAACAGUAGAAACACCUGCCGGUGGCGGUGAUGGUCUAAGGAAUGUCCCCACUUUCCUGGGUAAACUAAUCACUUGACAGGGAAGCAUGUGACCCUGUGCUCCCAUAUCAAAUAGCUUUCAACAAAAGCACAGAGGAGCUCCAGAGCUGUAUGGUUCUGAAGAUUCACAGUGGCAGCAGAUAGGCAGCCAAGUGCACUCUGUGUAAUUGCUAAAACUCCGUCUAGUGUUCACAGGGGAGAUGGAUGUGUGACCUUCCUCUUUGAUCAUCUGCUUCUUCAAAGAAUCAGACUCAUUACUGAAAGAGCUUUAGCGUUCCUGCAGAUGGGUUCAGUUAACCUUGAUACUAAGCUGUAAGUCAUGAAGUUUCCCCUGAGGUUCGCUCUGCCCAUUUCUCAAGGGCUUGUAUUUCAGAAAGCUGGUUAACUCUGAAUCCUUUUCAGUUGGACAAAAAUGGAAAUGGUGCUCUACAGAAAUCAGUUGGCCUUGGUCCACAGCACCCAACCAUCAAUUUGCAACACUUUUCCUAAAAGCCACAACCAGGCUGAGGAAACCAAAGUGUAGAUAUUCAGCUUUUUAAUCUCAUUGGUCACUGAGAUUACACCUUUCACGUUUAGAUGUAUGACCUGCCACACAUCAGCGGCUUGAAAGUCCACCUCCAGUAAAUAAAUGCUGGAAGAAAUUGCAGUUGUAUGAAGGUAACUACUGUUUUCCUCCAGGUGAUAUUCUCUGCGGAACAGACAUACGAACUGAUGAAAUGCUUGGAAGAUGUGAUGGCAGCAGAAUCGAAAAACCAGAAGCUCCAGGUAAUCUUGUCCCAGACCUUGGCUUCAUAUCAUGGUUUGUUUGGAGGGAAACUAAUCGGUCUCUGAUUCAUAAGAUAACACUAAGCCUUGGACCUUGGUUUUUUGCUCCCUGGAGAAAGAAUAAAGCAUGUUCACAAACUAUUAACUAUGUUUCACCAUGAUGUGUGGAUGCAGCCUCGUCCUUUUCCUUGAGCCCUUGAAGAAGUGCAGAGGGCUCCGAAAAAUGACCUGAGUUUUCUCUCACAUGUGGUGUAGCUUGAGAAAAGGCCGAAACAGCAGAGGAAACAUCUACUGAUCCCCGCAGCCUAAGAGUGUGUUAUGAAAAGAAGUUUUGGUCUCAAGGUAGAAAAAAGGAAGAAUUCAUAGCAAGUUACAUGAUAUAUGGCUAUUUCUAGCAGGUUGGAACUUAGCCAUUUUAGAACAAGAGAAAGAAACCGAGACACUUGGUUCCAUGCAAUCCCAUUUUCUGUGACUGUAGUCAUAGCCCCUUGAAAGAUGCUUCCACGUGUUGAAUGCAAACUAACAGGAAGCGCUUUCUUUCCCAACAGCCAUAAAGUAAGCUGGCAGAAGAAUGCUUAGUAAUGUGUAAAUUGCAGCUCACAUAUAAAAUAUCAGUUUAAAUGACAGUAGAUUAGCAUAUUUCAGGGAUGGGGAACCUUUGGCCUAUUUCGGACCACCAGGAAAGCCACACACACCUGCCUUACACAUGACAUAUAUGACAUGAAGUGUGGGGCAGAUAAAGGCAGGGCUUGGCCUAAUUAAAUGCUGUCCAAUUUGGUGAACUCCUAAGAUUCUUUCUGUUUCCAGGAGGAUGAGGCUGAGACCAUGAAGGUGGAAAUGCUGAGAAUUGGUCUAGCACGAAACCUUGCACGAGCCAUUGUCAAAGAAGGCACAUUGGAAGAAUCAUGAGAUCACUUUAUUGGAGCGGCUCACAAACUUUGCGUCAGUUACUUACUGUACAUAUCAUGGCUGUUUUUUCUAGGAAUAAAUGUCAUCUUUUGCACUUUUCUUUUUAAAAUUGCCUUUUGUAACAUAAAACAGUGGAAGAGCAAAUUCCUUUCUCCAGUGAAUUUAAUGGAAAUUGAGCUUUCUGCUCUCCUAGAC